AGAAGGAAGUUCCCAGGGCUGGGUUUCUGUGUCACGUGUGUGUCACCUCCAGCAAUGCCAGCUCAGAGUGAUUAAGUGUCACUGGAGUUCCUGGUUCUCUGCAGUGCUUCCUCUUGCUGCUUCUGCAGUGUCACAGGGGCAGGUGUGGAAAGCAGUGCCUGGAAAGUGUCUAAAUGUGCAAAACUGAAACCAAAACUCCUCUUUGGGGUCUGCUGGGGACCCAGAACUCAGGUCUGGGGAACGUUCUGCUCCAAGUUUGUGCAUCUUCAGCACCUGGCAUCCAGGCUGGCGGUGCACAGCUCCUUGGAAUUCCACCCAAACUGAGCAAUUUCAAAGGGCUGUCACUCCUGGGAGGGCUCCUGGCAAAGCUCUGUGCUCUUGGUGUCUUCUUAUGCCUUGGUUGAUGUGAAUGUCAGCUCAGGGAGGGGGAGAGCAAGGCUGGAGCAGGGCUCUGUGGCUCUGGGGUGUGACAAAGGCCUUUCCUAAACUGGGAGGUGCAUUUGGGAGCUGUGCUUAAAGUUAGGAGUGGUCACAAGGUGUGAUUGCUCAGAUGGGAAUGAUCCAGUGGUUAAGAGGCAGAGAAAAUGCUGUUUUCUCCGUGGGGAUUCCAACUUUCCCCAGCUGUGAAGUAUUACAUCAUUACAGGAUGUUUGGAAAGGGGAAGAUUAAACACAUUUGUAAAUAUUUCCAAUAAAUGAAGUUUAUUUACACAUAGUUCAUUGUGAUAAGUAUCACAAAUGGGUGAUAAGCCUUCAAUUUUUGGAUAUUAGCCUGCAGGUUAGUAAGUCAUCCAUUUAGGAAGACUUGUGUUCUUUUACAGGAGCCUUAUGGUCUCACUUUUUACUUUAAUGAUGCAUCAUUUAUGCAUAUUCUAUUUUUAUUUCGUUUUUUCCUGUUUUCUCCAAGGUGAAUUUUAAACAUCCCAGUCUUACUUGCCUUCUCAUUUGUAAAAUGUGUUGCUCACAGAUGAGUUCUUAGAAUUCGAUUUUCCCAGUGGCAUCUCCAUUAUCAUUCUCACUAUUUUCCUCUCAGGAUCUAAAAGCUGCAGUGAAUCAAAACAGAACCUCCCAGGGUCUGGUUUUUGGAGGGGCAUGUCCAUAUUUCACAGCAAUAACUCUGUAUUUGUGUUUCUGCUGGUUUCCUUGGUUUUCAUAGUGUGUUUUCUGAGAAGCACUGAAUUCCUUGGGUUGGUUUUUUUGGGAGGUUUGGGGCUUUUCCGUGGCAUUCUUAGCCUUGGAUUCAGUUUGUUUUUUCCCCAGGCCUCGUGAGUGAUAUUGCUAUAACUGUGCUGUAAUUAAUAGCUGGUUUCAGUGCCAAGCUGGCUCCUUCCUGGGUGGGUGCUCAGUGUUUGUUUGCAGUGCAGGCAGGGAUAAACACUCUGCUUUUCUGCUUCUCCCUCUCCUCCCAGCUGGGCCACCCUCCCUGUGGGGAGGCCAGUGCCACUCUGUGCCCCUUGUGCUGUGCACUGCCAGCGUUUGGGGUCUGGGACACGGGGCAGACUUUGGGCUGGUGGCUGGGUUUUGUUAGUGCAGGUGUGACUGAGCUUGCUGAAAUCUGCAGAGAAAACAAGCUCUGAGGUCACUGUCUGCUUUGGGCUCAGAUUUAACACAGGUGUCCAAAGCCAGCCCUGUGGAGGGAGGCAGAUUUUGGUUCAGAACCAGCUGCAGUCCUGGUGCCAGAAGCCAUCCUGUGCUUGUGGGGCAAUCCCUGGCACCCUGGAAUCCCAUGGGCAUGGAGCAUUCCCUGGCACCCUUUAACCCUGGAAUCCCAUGGGCAUGGGGCAUUCCCUGGCACCCUUUAACCCUGGAAUCCCAUGGGCAUGGGGCAUUCCCUGGCACCCUUUAACCCUGGAAUCCCAUGGGCAUGGGGCAUUCCCUGGCACCCUUUAACCCUGGAAUCCCAUGGGCAUGGAGCAUUCCCUGGCACCCUUUAACCCUGGAAUCCCAUGGGCAUGGAGCAUUCCCUGGCACCCUUUAACCCUGGAAUCCCAUGGGCAUGGGGCAUUCCCUGGCACCCUUUAACCCUGGAAUCCCAUGGGCAUGGGGCAUUCCCUGGCACCCUGGAAUCCCAUGGGCAUGGAGCAUUCCCUGGCACCCUUUAACCCUGGAAUCCCAUGGGCAUGGGGCAUUCCCUGGCACCCUUUAUCCCUGGAAUCCCAUGGGCAUGGAGCAUUCCCUGGCACCCUUUAACCCUGGAAUCCCAUGGGCAUGGGGCAUUCCCUGGCACCCUUUAUCCCUGGAAUCCCAUGGGCAUGGGGCAUUCCCUGGCACCCUGGAAUUCCAUGGGCAUGGAGCAUUCCCUGGCACCCUUUAACCCUGGAAUCCCAUGGGCAUGGGGCAUUCCCUGGCACCCUUUAACCCUGGAAUCCCAUGGGCAUGGGGCAUUCCCUGGCACCCUGGAAUCCCAUGGGCAUGGGGCAUUCCCUGGCACCCUUUAUCCCUGCCAUGCUGUGAUCCCAAUCCAUCCCCUCACACCUCUCAUCCUUGUUUCCAAUCCACGCCCUCUCACUCCUCAUCCCUGCCAUCCCUCUGUCCCAGUUUGCUGUUCUCUGCUUCCCCUCCACCUUCCCUGCAGCCCCUCUCUCCCCUCCUGGCUCGUCCUAGAGGUGUCCCAGUGCUCCUUGCCCAGUUCAGAGGUGUCCCAGUGCUCCUUUCCCAGUUCAGAGGUGUCCCAGUGCUCCUUUCCCAGUUCAGAGGUGUCCCAGUGCUCCUUUCCCAGUUCAGAGGUGUCCCAGUGCUCCUUUCCCAGUUCAGAGGUGUCCCAGUGCUCCUUUCCCAGUUCAGAGGUGUCCCAGUGCUCCUUUCCCAGUUCAGAGGUGUCCCAGUGCUCCUUGCCCAGUUCAGAGGUGUCCCAGUGCUCCUUUCCCAGUUCAGAGGUGUCCCAGUGCUCCUUUCCCAGUUCAGAGGUGUCCCAGUGCUCCUUUCCCAGUUCAGAGGUGUCCCAGUGCUCCUUUCCCAGUUCAGAGGUGUCCCAGUGCUCCUUUCCCAGUUCAGAGGUGUCCCAGUGCUCCUUUCCCAGUUCAGAGGUGUCCCAGUGCUCCUUUCCCAGUUCAGAGGUGUCCCAGUGCUCCUUGCCCAGUUCCAGAGGUGUCCCAGUGCUCUCUCCCCACUUUUCCCAGUUCCAGAGGUGUGCCAGGGGUGGGACUGGUGCCCAGCUGGGCUGGUUCUGGUGGCUCUGAUUCUCCCCU